GUCAUCGGUUCGUCAUCGCGCCAGCAACCUUUUUUUUGUUGUUUUCCAUUUAAAUCUCCCGUCAUUUCGGACAUCUCUUAAAUUUAAACAGCCUGCUGCGUCGUUGUGGUCCUCCUGUACGAUACGAUCAGAAACAGCGGUGGCAUCUUGCUUGUCUAGGCUUUGUGGUUGACGGAGGUUAGUUGGGUUAGUGAGUGCAUUUCCAGAUCUACAAUGUUUCCAACACCUUUGUCCGAGGAAUUCUUUCAAAAAUGUCGAACCGACUUCUACGAGUGUCCCAAGAAUGUCCUCGCGCAAAAUGUGUGCACUCGAAUAGAUCCAUUCGAAGCUUGUAUGUCACGGAAAGCGCUCGAGAAUACUCAGCAUGUCUUCACUUACAAGAUUGAAAAUGAAGGUAAACCUCUGACCAAUCAGAAAAGUUCCGGUCGCUGCUGGUUGUUUGCCGCCCUGAAUUGUAUCCGAAUUCCGUUCAUCAAGCAGUACAAUUUGGACGAGUUCGAGUUCUCCCAAGCCUAUCUGUUCUAUUGGGACAAGAUCGAGCGAGCAAAUUACUUUUUGAACAACAUCGUUGACACGGCUCGACGAGGCGAAGAGGUUGACGGUCGGUUGGUUUCGUUCCUGCUAUCGGAUCCUACCUGCGACGGUGGUCAGUGGGACAUGUUGGUCAACCUGAUCAAUAAGCAUGGUUUAAUGCCGAAAAAAUGUUUCCCCGAGAGCUACAGUUGUGAGGCGAGUGCCCGUAUGAAUUCGGUUAUUAAAAGCAAGUUCCGCGAGUACGCCAAAGUAUUGCGUACACUAAUUGCAGACGGCGCCAGUGAUGAUGAUGUUCAGGCAGAGAUUCAGAAACAAAUGAAUGAAGUUUACAAUGUAGUGGGCAUUUGUCUUGGUAUUCCCCCGGAAAAAUUCACUUGGGAAUACUAUGACAAGAGUAAGAAGUAUUUAAGUAUUGGACCAAUCAAACCGACUGAUUUUUACGAAAAGUACGUAAAACCGUACUUUAAUGUGGACGAUAAGGUUUGUUUAGUGACAGACCCUCGCUCAAGCAACCCGUACGGACGAUCCUAUACUGUGGACUGCCUUGGAAAUGUGGUCGGUGGGCGACCGGUGCUGUACAAUAAUCAACCUGUUGAAACCUUGCUAGACCUGGUGACGAAGGCGCUGAAACUGGGCGAACCAGUCUGGUUUGGCUGCGAAGUGAGCAAGCGGUUUGCCGGUAAACAGGGCAUUGAAGAUUUAGACAUUCACGACUUCAAGCUGGUAUUCGGAGUCGAUAUUCAAACAACCAUGGACAAGGCGGAUCGUCUCCUGUAUGGCGAAUCGAUGAUGACGCACGCCAUGGUGUUCACCGGAGUUUCCGUCGACCAAAACACCCAGCAACCGACCAAGUUUCGCGUUGAAAAUUCUUGGGGAGAAGAUCGCGGCGAGAAAGGUUACCUCAUCAUGACGGCCGAAUGGUUCAAGGAGUUUGUUUUCGAAGUGGUCGUCGAUCGUAGCAUAGUUCCGCAAGAUGUACUGGACGUGUUCGAUUUGACUCCAACGGUACUGCCAGCGUGGGAUCCGAUGGGAACGUUGGCAAAGUAAUUCCUCUUGAAUUUCGGCAUCACCCUAUCUAUUCUAUCUCUUUCCACUGACAUACAACUGCACGAGAUAUCUUUUUAUUUAAUAAUACAAGGGAAUUAUCACGAUAUUUAAAAGCAUAAAGCAUACACAGAAUGCAAAGCGCAAAUAAAGUACAUGUUUUCGUUGCCUUUCUCAUAUGACAUUAAGACUUUGUAGUCUGUCGCUUGAGUCUGCGCCUGUGAAUCGAAGUAUCAUUGGCAGCGUCUCCGGAAAAUCGAUAAUCUGAUAGCUAUAUAAUGUGUGUGACUAUUUUGUUAAGUCAUAGUUUAUAUUUUUACCAUUACAUGGUUUGGUAGUUCGUAUUGCUCGAUCUAAACAGCGCACCUUUUUUAAUUUAAAAUCAAGUAUUUCAAAAUAGGCACGUUCAAGAACUGCCUUGUGAUAGCUUAAGCGCAAACUCGUUUAGAGCUAGUGCAACAGCUUAAAUAUAAUUCCGGCAGCAUACCGAAAUGUUUUCAAUUAGAAGUAAUUAAAGCAAAAGCAUAUUUUUUCCGCGGAUGAAUCUGGAUAAUUUCAUUUUUUUCAUAGAUUCCAAUCUAAUCAACACUGUCAACAUAACAAUUACCUACAUAUUUCUAUAUUCGAUUUGAUUUUUGCGUGGAUAGAUUCUUUGAAUUUUUUUUGGUUAAUGGUGAUUACAAAUUCACCACGGCCGUAUGCAAAACGAAUCGAUUGCAGUUCUCACUUUCAUACAUAACAUGUAACGUUUUAUGUAAAGUUCACGCAAAAUAUGAAUUUAAUACAUUACAUUUAUUAUAAUAGCGCAACCUAACUUUCACAACAGAGCCAGACCACAUUUUAAUGAUCUUACUUGAUGUUAACCGGUAUGCAUGUUCUCGUUCAACAUUCUUAACAUUUCAGUAACAUUUUCUUACGUUGCCCUUGUCAUCAUGUAAAAAAAUCCUGCUGCAAAGUUGAUAUUGUUGAAGAAAUUACUUUCAAUUUAUAUAAUUAGACCAUUGACAAUCUGAUCCCAUACUCAUCGAUCAACUACAAAUUUGCAACUUACAUUUGUUUCCAUACUAUUAUGUAUGAUUUUAAUUAGGUAGUUAUUUUUUUGUCACAGUUUUUCCCGCUAAUCAACGAACAUAUUUUAAUUUUUUCUUCAUUGAAAAUAAGAAGAUGCAUUUGAGCUUUCAAAAAUAUCUAUCCAACCUAAAACACAAACUCCCAUGUUUUUAAAAGAUCUUACCAAAAUACGGGCUAUAUUGAAUAUGCUGCUUGUUCUGCGUGCUUAAAUUUUUGGUAUGGCAUGUUGACUGCCCUCUCACGAGAAAAUAAUAUAUCUACUACUAAGAAUAAUUAUCAUUGUCGAAAUUACAAUCAGCAAAACCAUUGAGCGGUAUUAUUCGCGAGAGUAGUUCAAGUAUGAUAUUUAACUUUAACGACACAUCGACCAAUAAAGUGAUGAUAAAUGAGGAAAAUCACAUACCUAAACUUACGUGGUGGGUUUGAUUUAAUCCCUUUUCGCUCUACAAACUUCAAACGAGCUUCUGCCAACAGAGACACAGUUUCAAGGGUGAAUGAAAGAGCUAAGAUAGAAGCAUGAAAACCGCAAAACAUGCCAUUCUCGUUAGCAGGAACAGAAAAUAUUAUCUAGCUAAUACGAUGUAACUGUAUUUAAAUAACUAAUAUAUUAUUGAAUGUCACGGUAUAACAAUAAAGCAAAUCGUGGGAGUUGCUUUUAAUCAUUUUCGAAGAAA